CAGCAAAUAUCAUUACGACGAGUUUGUAAUGAAAGGUCGCCAACCAACCUAUCCGAUACAUCCGUUAAUACUAUCGCGUACAUCACCGCGUCAACUAUCCGACCAACCCGUUAGCCGUGAGGAACUGCUGGCCCUGUUUGAGGCGGCCCGUUGGGCACCCUCGUUCUACAAUCAGCAACCAUGGCGAUUUAUCUAUGCCCUAAAAAACACCACCACUACUACUACCCCUGACAAAGAGGAACCGUAUCCGAAAUUCUAUGACCUACUGUGGCAACUGAAUCGCCAGUGGGCCUACAAUACCAGUGCACUGGUCGUAGUUGUAUCCCAUAAAUGGUUUCAUAUGAAAGGCGACCGAUCGUAUCGUAUGGCAAAUCCGACACACAGUUUCGAUACGGGAGCCGCUUGUAUGGCACUGGCACUGGAAGGUGCGGCCCGUGAUCUGGUUGUACACGCUAUGGCCGGUUUUGACUACGACCGGGCCUACGAACUGCUGGGUAUUGAUCGUGAAAACGAUCAGAUUGACUGUAUGCUGGCCAUUGCCAAACGGCCGCCCCCGGAGCUCCGGGAGGAACCACGUAUAGCUCCGCGACAACCAUUGGAAUCGAUAGCCUUUGAGCACACCUACGAUAUUAGCAAAACUAAUAAUACGGCAAAUGUUGUCAUCCGUAUGCCGACUAAACAUUAA